AUGAGAACUGGUAGACUCCAUACUCCGGUUGAGAUACCCACAAAGAAAGCCUUCUUACAGACCCUUGCCUUGCCCAAUACGGCUCCAUCAGCUCUCCAGCUUCCAGUGUUACCCAAUGGAGCAGAUUUCACGUCGCUGCCUCCCCUGAUUAGGGCAAGCGUCCCAAAUACACUGCUUUGCAAACCCGCUACUAUUUUCCAAACCGUCAUCAUCUUUGUAGUGGUUCCUAGGGUAUAUCACUCGAUACACACCCCUCAACGAACCCGACAAGUCGGUCGACUUUGCAAUCCUCGGCCGCUCCCGCGUCACCCAUACUCCAGAGAUGCUGCCAACCCUGUUGCCCUUGCAGCAAUCAGUGCCGACACAUCAUGUUUUGCUGCAAACCUGCUGACGCUAUUCCCUAACACCCCCACAGACGCCUGGGAGGAGGUGUACUUUUAA